UUAAAGACUUAAAAGUACUCUUGGCUUUCCCUGUCUUCUUGUAUUCUUACUCUCUCUUUUUCUCUCUCAUUGAUUAUUAUUAGUAGCUAGCUAGCUAGUUCUCAUGAAGACAAGGGUAGACCCAAAAUUCAACAAGAUAGAGGUUUAAACUGUGUUCUCUUUCUCUAGCUAGCAGCUGUGUUCUACUGUUCUCUACCUUUCUUCUCUCUGACUUUACGGACUUCCUACCAUCAUCAUUCAUAUCUCUCUCUCUCUUCUUCUCCCUCUUCAUAUUUAUUCUCUUAUAUGUUCCUCUACCCACUCCACAAGUGGUAAAAACUAGAAAAACCCAGUAGCCUACACUAAAAGUUAAGCAUAUGCAUAUCACUGAAGCCCACUCUGCAAUUUUAAGAUCUCUUUGGAGUGAAAGCAUCAAAGGUGAAGCAGUUGCAUGUGGCAAAAUCUAUCUGCUGCGAUUUUUUUCAUGAAUCUUCAAAUACUGCAUUUUAGCUUGUUCUCCAUUGUCAAACGGAGUGAUAGAUGUGAUUUCUUUUAAUAAAGGUGAAUAGCUAAGUGACCACUGUCAGCAAUUGGCUUUAUCAUUCUUUCAUCGUUUUUUGUCAAAAGAAACAAGCUCUCAACCUCAUGCACUACUCAAACAUGGUAACACCAAAUUCAAACUUGGAAUCUGAGAAUGAGUCAGAAGUCAGCAGCCAAGUAGCUUCAAAUAUACCUGUGCAAGAAGCAUCUCUUGAUCUCUCCAAGGACAGCACCACUAAUUCAUCCUGUCUCACAAAUGCAAUUAAGCCUCAACCAGAUCCAAAGCCUGUUUCACUCGACUUGACACUCCACUUCAGCACCAUUGAUGCUAACAUGAAGGCCACAGAUGAGACCGGUGAGGCAGCAGCCCAUAAUUCUGGAGCAACAGUUCCAAGGGUUUUCUCUUGCAAUUACUGCCGGCGCAAGUUCUUCAGUUCACAGGCGCUGGGAGGCCAUCAAAAUGCUCAUAAGAGGGAAAGGACAAUGGCAAAACGUGCUAUGCGGAUGGGAAUGUUCUCUGAUAGGUAUACUAGCUUGGCUUCUCUUCCCCUUCAUGGUUCUGCAUUUCGGUCCCUUGGGAUUGAAGCUCAUGCUGCAAUGCACCAAAGAAUACUACCAUCAGAAAGGCCUCCUCGAGGUGGAGCAAGGUUUGAACAAGGCUAUUUUGGAGUACCAAUGUUCGUUGAAGAUGAUGAUGUGGGACUGUUUUGGCCUGGGAGUUUCCGGCAGGUGAGUGAACCAGUAGGAGCAGUUGGUGGUAAUUUGGCUAUGGAAUUAACUCAAAAUUCAAAUAUGAAUUUUGUUGUGACAGCACCCCCACCGAGGACAACUUCAUCGUCCCCUGAUCUUACUUUGAAACUUUGAGAUUUUUUGUUUGAAUAUCAUUGUCUUCAGACAAUGUUCCCUUUGUACAUGAGAUAUGCAUUGGCAUCGGCUAUGAGCUCUUAAAUAUUUCUUUUUCUUUCUUUUUAAUCAAAACUCUCUUCCUUUUCUAUCUGUUCUGGAAAGAUGUUACAACUGUUGUAUAAGAAUUUCUGCAGGUUGAACUUAAUUGGUAGAGCUUGCCAAGUAAUGUUGAUAAUAGUGUUCACCUCAUAA